UCAGCAAGUCCAGGAUCCCCCGUUUUUCUUUAUUCUUAUUGAAGGCAAAGGGUAGUUUGGGAGCGGUGACCAGGAAAAGUGAGGUGAUGAACAUCGAAGUCUUAUUUUUCUUUUUCAGCGCUGCAUCUGGUAUUCUGUAUCAUCUACCUCCGAGAGUUCGACCCCACCAUCCCGGCGCCAUCGAGCUGCAGACAACUUCCACCCUUUCGCCCUCGCCCACGGGUCGCAGGUUGCCCAGUGCCGACGCACUCUCAAACGACGAGCAUCUUGCAGCGCCCCGUCUUUUGAGCAGUUUCAACUCGGGAGGCAGAGGCACAGCGAGCCAUUGCUGACGAGAGGUGACGGCACACGCCCGCGGCUUCCACAUAGCUCUUGCUCUUCGCAAACGACAGCGUCAUCGGCAUGGCUUCGACUGGAGCAGCCGCGCCAGCAAACAACGGCGGAGGCGCACCGGAUAAUGCGCCGUCGGGACCCCGAGGCGGCGGUCACAGAGGCAAAGGACGUGGACGUGGAAGAGGAGGCCGCGCCAGGGGAAGGGGCAGGGGAGGGUCGCAUCACGGCGGCACACACAACAACCCUCCGGCCGAGGCUGCCGGCGAGCCGGCGAGCGACGAGCCGAAGGCACCGCCUGCCGGAAAGCAGCCGAACUUCAAGAUCAAGAACGAUACCCGAGACGAAGGGGCAGACGGCGACGUCGAGGUCUGCUUCAUCUGCGCUAACCCUAUUAGCCACCACUCGGUCGCGCCUUGUAACCACGUCACCUGCCACAUCUGUGCCCUGCGGCUGAGGGCGCUGUACAAGAACAAGGAUUGUCCCCAUUGCAGGACAACGGCCCCGUUCGUCAUCUUCACCGACGACGGCAAGAAGCGGUUCGAGGAGUACACCGACGCCGACAUCACCAGUACCGACGAAAACAUUGGCAUCCGUUAUGCCGGAGAGGACAUUGUCGGCGACACCGUUCUUCUGCUCCGCUACAACUGCCCGGAUGCCGAGUGCGACUUUGCCGGCCUCGGCUGGCAGGACCUGCACCGCCAUGUCAGGAACGAGCAUCGCAAGAAGAUGUGCGACCUGUGCACCCGGAACAAGAAGGUGUUCACGCACGAGCACGACAUCUUUACCGACAAGCAGCUGACCGAGCACAUGCGACGGGGUGACGACAAGCCGGGGGCCGCCGACCAGACCGGCUUCCGGGGCCAUCCUCUGUGUGGCUUCUGCGGGGAGCGAUUCUACGACAGCGACAAGCUGUAUGAGCACUGCAGGAACAAGCACGAGCGCUGCUUCAUCUGCGACCGGCAUUCCUCCCAACCGCAGUACUACCUCGACUACAACGAGCUCGAGAAGCACUUUAAAGAGGCACACUUUCUUUGCCUUGACCGCAACUGCCUCGAGAAGAAGUUCGUCGUCUUCGAGACUGCGCUCGACCUCAAGGCCCACCAACUGGAGGAACACGGUGACGUGUACGCAAGGGGGAGGGAGUCUAGGGUGGUCGAUCUGUCCAACUUUGACCUGCGUCAGAGGUACGAGCAGGAACGGAGGGCGGGAGGCAACGUGAGGGAGCGGCGGCGGCGCGGCCCAGAUCCCAACGCAGAACCGUUGCCGGUCAGCUCGGCUCAGCCGCUGCGGCGGGACGAGCUGGCCUUCCAACGGCAGAUGGCGCUGCAAACAGGGGCGACCCGACCGGCACCACCAGGGCCUUCUCGGCCGACGCCCAGCAACGCCGCUCCGCAGCCGCGGCCGCCCGCUUCAUCCGGCCGACCCAUCCUCGACGCCAUGGAAAAUCUCAGCAUCACCGACCUCUCCAACCUGACCCCCGAGCAACGCGCCAGCCUCACCCGCCACGGUGCCGUCAUUGAGCGUGCCUCCAAUCUCCUCGGCAACGACGCCACCAAGAUGGCCACCUUCCGAUCCCACGUCUCUACCUACAAUAAGGGCUCCAUGACGCCCGAACAACUCAUUGAUGCCUUUUUUGCCCUCUUUUCAGAAACCUCUUCCAACGCGCUCGGCACCGUCGUCCGCGAAGUCGCCGAUCUUUUCGAAGACAAGAAAAAGGGCGAGGCCCUCCGCAGGGCUUGGAACAACUGGCGCGCCAUCAAUGAGGACUACCCGUCCCUGCCCUCCCUCGAGGGCAUGCGCGGCGCCACAACCUCCACCACAGGCUGGGCCGCCGCCGCCGCCGCCAGCAGCAGCACCGCUAACCCCGCAGCCAACGCGGCCGCGCAGCUGCGCCAUUCCACUCGCGUACUCAAGCUCAAAAACAGCACCCGCCGCGGGAGUGUCGGAUCCGUCAUGUCGCUCGCGUCGGGUGCCCCGUCCUCAUCCACCCCCGCGCCCUCCGUCUCCCUCUCCACUCCCUUCGCGAGCGCCGCCGGAGGAUCGCCCUCGGCAUCGGUCCCAUCCGCCGCUGCCUUCCCCGCCCUCCCGGGUGCCAGCCGCCCCAGUGUGACCCAGCCGACAUGGAUCGGGGGGUCGACCCCCGCAAUCUCCAGGGGUGCGGGUAGUGGCGCAUUGCCACCACCGCAACGGUCACAGCAGGCAGGGAAAACCACUUCGGUCCCUGGCAACAGCGAAGAGGCAUUCCCUGCGCUGCCGGCCGCGCCCAAGCCACAGACGACCAUCUUCGGUUAUGGCCGGGGCGCGGUCAGGCGUGACUUUGGCACCGCUAGGGAGACGGGAUUCAGCUGGGGCGCCGGUGGCUCCGGAAGCAACACCCCUGGUACUCCUCAGACCGGGGUUGGUGCAGAUGGUGGAGGGGAUGGGCAGCAACAGCAAGCGGGAGCAGGAGGUGGGAAGAAGAAGAAGAAGCAGGUUUUGGUGCAGUGGGGGUAGCUCGACCAGCCGGGAGGGCUUGGUUGAUCAAGGCCGAGGGAUACAGUAGUAUAAGGAGUGGUUAAGGACUCGACAAUCCGGAUCCACUUAGAGAGAGACAGGAUA